UGAUAAGCAUUUAGUGUAGUUUCAGCAACAGGUGCAGAGUGGUCGUGUUUUAAGAUUUGGCCGAACGUAAAGUGAAUUAUUCUUUGAAGGACAUAGUGGAUUGAAGGCAUUUUUACCAAGCCGGUAUUGAUAACAGUACCAAUUUCCAGGAAAAAAGUGAUAUAUAGUGGAAUGUUGUAGUGUAACGAAAAAAAGAUCAAGUAUUAACAUGAGUAAUAAGAUUAUAACAGCGGUUUUGCCGCUGAUUUUCACCUGCCUGUGCUUACUGCCAAAUCCAACGUACAGUCAGGAAAAUAUUCAGACGCGGGUUGCACCCGGUCUGCUGGAGUGCUAUGAAGAUCCCGAACUGUUCGAGCGGGACAACCGCCUGCCUAUGACGAUGAACAUGCUGAUCGAGUUGAUACAGAAAGUCGAAGAUUCGCCCCAGUUUACGCAGGACAUUCGUCAGCUGUCGAUCGGAUUGCUGCACCGAUUCCGCCAGGAUGGUAUUGUGCGAGCAUCCGGGGUGCAGAACGUAGCCGGUGUGCUACCGUUCAGCCCAAGCGGGUUCCAUUUUACGAAACACCGGAUUCUGUUCUCCCGGCUGCUGCCGGGCAACGCGCAAAGCUUCCCGAAUACCACACUGGACGCACAGGAAAGGUGUGCCCUUCACUUUAUGCUAUCCAGCUCUAUUGAUACCAUGGUUCGGGGUGACGAAAGCGUUCGUUGUACCCAGCUGUCACAGUAUCGUGCCAUUCGCGUCCCCCGGGAGCUGGACAUGAAGGAUAGAAUGAAUCAGCGAUCCAAUUAUCUGGGUGAUAUCGAAAUGUUGCAGCAACCGGAAAUGAACCAAAUUCGGAAGCAGAUCAAAAAGAUGAAACAAACCGCCCGCUUGGAGAUGGAACCGGAGGAGCAACUCGAAGAGCAAGAACCGACAGAAGGUCCUGAUGCAGCUAGAGCAGACGCCGAUCCCAUUGCUGCUGAAGAGAAUGAAGGGGAACAGUUGGAAACUGAGCAAGGCUUUGACGUAAAUCUGGUUGACAUUGCAACAAAUGCGAUCAGUGCCUGCCCGGUUGAAAAUGGUGUUAUUUACACUCGCUGGGGUAACGUUGCCGCUGGAACUGUUCUUGCGGGUAUUGCAGCUGGUAUCGAGCCACAAACCGUUGAAAUUCGCAAUUUGAUACCGGCAAAAAACGCUCAGUUUAGAGCACGUCAACAAGCCCAGCCGCUGCGAGUUGACAAUCGAUGGGCUUCCACCUUGGCUGGAGAUCUAGGUGAAGUAACCCUACUACAUUCUCCUUCACAGCCAAACAACAUACAAGUGGGUGCUGCAGGAGCGUGGAAUAAUACCGUUGCCCCACGUUGGUUCUUCCUCAGCCAGAGGACCGCUUUGGAAAUGACUGAUGCAGAAAUUCGUGCAGGAAUCGACGGUCUUACGUUGGCGAAUAACGUCGUAGAAUGGCGAUCCCGUGCUAAUACGCUACGUCUAAGUCAGCUGUUGGAUAUGUACUAUUCACCAAGGGGAGUUUUCAAUCAGCAAAUUCGUUCGUGUAACCGACGAGACUUAUUCUCCACAACGGCGCCAAUACAGACGAUGCGAGAGCAGGCCGCAGCAUUCAGUAAUGUCCUUGAUCGAGAAAUGCAAAUGGUCUUCACCGUCACAUCAGCUGCGAUCACUCAAUUUUCAGCUGCUGCAGCCGACGCGCUAGCGACAUAUGUUCCAUCCUCUCUGAAUGACUUGUCAUGUGAAGCAACAGCGAUCAUUCCGAAUGAUCCAACUAACUAUCGGACAGCUUCUGAUCUGUUUAUAUUUAUUGACAGCUCCUGGCCCUUUAGAGACAUUCACUCCGUUGUGGCGCACUUACUUGAUGCGUUGGACGUAGGACGCUAUGGUACAACCUACACCAUCUUGAACGCUAUGACCGGAAAUGUGAUCGUCAACGCCACUCGGUAUCUGUCUGAUUUCCAUCGUAAUUACACCAACGCAGUUCACGUAGCAGCGCAAAACGGCCUGAGCCUGCCAGCAGUUUUGCGGAAUCUUCGAGCCCAAAUCACUCCGAUCAUGAUGGCAGAACGACAAAAUUCUAGCAUGAGCGGCCGGUCCAAGAUUGGGCUUGUGAUGCCGAAUACGGCCGCCGUCAGCGAUGGAGACAGUAACUAUGCCACCGAACAACUACAGAUACUGCGUGAGGAAGUGCCAGACCUUCGGUUGUUAUUCUUUGCCGGUGGUUCACACACUAGAUUCAAUCGUUUUGCUCUCGAGGAAAGCCGUGACGUCUUCCAACUCCGAGAGAUCGGCACGGGAGCUGCCAUUGAUACGGUUCAAGUUCAAACUUCACCCGUAAUUCAGAGAAUACAGCAGGAACCUAGACGUAUCGUAAACCCACGCUGUGGUCAUGACUGGAUACAAAACGAUUGGGGAUCGAACACCAUGAAUCAGUAUGUGGAACCGCGAGGUGUUGUGUUUUACCGUGUUCACCCGAAUUACUUUUUCGGUGCCGGCUCCAACAGACGACUUAGAGUUCAAGGUCACGGAUUUGCACCGUUAACCGUUUGUCAGUCUAGAUUCAAUCACAACCCAAGAAUGAAUGUAACUCAAGGUGCAGAUGCCACUACGUGCCAGUAUAUUAACACCGAAACCAUAGAGAUUGAUUUGAACAAUGCCUGCAGCGGUCAUUCAACCAUUCAAAGUUGUCCAGCUUUGUUCUUCUCGGUGGAAAACAAUCAGCAAACCGAGAGCAUUCAGAUGAGAUGCACGGACAACGAAUGCCGCUUCCCGGAUAAUGCCCGCUUUGCCAUCAUCACCGAUAACCUUGGUUGUUUCAGCAGUGCAACAAAGUGGUUCGGCUCACUGGGGCUGAUUCUCGUUGCUCUAUUGAGCGCAUUUUUCAGACAGUAGAAUUAAGACGCAAAAGUAACUAGUACUCUAGCAGGAUAAGCUCAGUAUUCCGUCUAAUUACAGUAUGACAAACAAACAUUCCAGCAAACAUCCUUCAGUCGCAGUGAUUCAUUGAAAAUAACAAUUUCAAAACUAAACCAUUAUAUUGUAGGCCAUAAUUUGAUUUAUCAUUAAAGUAAGCAACAGCGUUUAAUAUCGAAAAAUAUAUGGUUUU